CAGAAUCUGACCCACCCCAUCCCCAUCCACCCGGCUCCCGCUGCUGCUGUUCUCUCAAUUCUCCAAAUUGAUACGCCCAACUUCCAGUCAAGAUAUCCACUCUGAGCAAUCUCCAGUUUUGCUCUAACAAUCAGUUGGUUCGCCAUGGAAUUAUUGCAUAAUAUUCGCUGCGUUUCAUCUCCAUUUCGGCCGGUGGCGCUGCUUCCUCGUUCUCGGUUCAUCACUGCCCUUGACACUCGCCGAAAGCUCAAAGGCGCCGCCAAUUUGAGGACUAUUUGCACGGCUUCGAAUUCCGAUACGAUACUGAAGUCGAGCAAAAUUGUAAGCAACAAAGAUGUGGAGUAUGAGGAUUUGAAGUCAUGGAUGGAGAGUAACGGCCUUCCCCCCUGCAAAGUUAUUCUUAAAGAAAGACCUUCUCACGAUUCCAAGCAUCGGGCUAUUCACUAUGUAGCUGCCAGUGAAGAUCUUCAGGAAGGCGAUGUAGUCUUUUGUGUCCCGAAUUCUUUGGUUGUUACACUCGAGAGAGUUUUGGGAAAUGAGACCAUUGCGGAACUUCUAACCACAAACAAAUUAUCGGAAUUGGCCUGCCUAGCUCUCUAUUUAAUGUAUGAGAAGAAACAAGGGAAAAAGUCACUCUGGUAUCCAUAUAUUAGAGAGCUUGAUCGGCAGCGGGGCAGGGGGCAAUUGGCUGUUGAAUCUCCACUUCUAUGGUCAGAGGAGGAAUUGGAUUACCUGACAGGAAGCCCUACAAAAGCUGAGGUUUUGGAGAGGGCCGAAGGAAUCAAGAGGGAGUACAGUGAGCUUGACACUGUCUGGUUCAUGGCUGGAUCACUGUUUCAGCAAUAUCCGUACGAUAUCCCCACAGAGGCCUUCACCUUUGAGAUUUUCAAACAAGCUUUUGUUGCAGUCCAAUCCUGUGUGGUACAUUUGCAGAAAGUCAAUUUGGCUAGAAGAUUUGCACUGGUUCCAUUGGGACCUCCGUUAUUGUCUUACAGAAGCAACUGCAAAGCGAUGUUAACUGCUGUUGAUGGGGCUGUUCAACUUGUCAUUGACCGUCCCUAUAACGCUGGGGAACCUAUUGUUGUCUGGUGUGGACCACAGCCUAAUUCAAAAUUACUAUUGAAUUAUGGUUUUGUGGAUGAAGAUAACCCUUAUGAUCGCAUCCUAGUGGAGGCUUCUUUGAAUACCGAGGAUCCUCAGUAUCAGGAUAAAAGAUUGGCUGCUCAAAGAAAUGGAAAGCUGUCAGUACAAGUUUUUCAGGUAUUUGUGGGAAAGGAAAGAGAGGCUGUGAUGGAUAUGCUCCCUUAUCUGAGAUUGGGAUAUGUUUCUGAUCCUUCAGACAUGCAAUCAGUUUUGUCUUCUCAAGGUCCAAUCUGCUCGGUGAGCCCCUGUGUGGAACGGGCUGUUUUGGACCAACUCGCCGAAUAUUUUAUAGAAAGACUUGGUGCUUAUCCUACAACCCUUGCUGAAGAUGAGAUUUUGCUUGAAGGUCAUAAACUGAAUCCAAAACAACAAGUGGCAACACAGCUUGUAAGGUUGGAGAAGAGGAUAUUAAAAUCAUGUCUGCAGGCAACAGUAGACCUGAUAAACCAGUUACCGGAUCACUCUGUAUCCCCUUGCCCUGCUCCCUAUGCUCCAAUUCUGAAAUGAUUCUUGAGCCACACUGAUGACCCCUGCUGCUAGAGCCUCUAUUGGUUUGGUUAAAACUGUCAAAGCUCAAUGAGGUGUGUAAAGCUGAUAACGUUCUUGCUUUCUAUCUUGCUCAUCUGCCAGACUGGAACACCAUAAGCUCAUCUCAUCUGACCACCUAGCUUCUGUGCAUACAACAGCCCUACACCCCCAGGUUAGUUACUUUCCCACUGUCACAUUGUUGGAUCUAUUAUCGGGCCAUUAGGCAACCAUGUGUGUGUGUAGUUUAAAUCUUUGAUGCCUUGUAACCAGAGUUGCACUGGAAGUGUCCCUUAAGUGAGGUGGUUUCACAUUUUGUGCAUUGAUAUUA